UUCCCCACCUCCUCCACCACCCUUCCGCCUCCUUCCUUCGUCCGUACACCUCUCCCUCCCUCUUCCCCUCCUCCCCCACGCCAUCCCCGACAAGGCGACAAACGACCUCUCCGGCGGCCGAAGCCGAUGGAGUCGACCUCCGGUGAGGACGCUCCCAAGCGAAACCCUCUCCCGUCCGCGCUCGUCUCCAACCUCCAGUCCGUGCUGGCCGCGCGCCGCCCGCCCCCGCCGGAGGAGGUCAGCACCGCCGCCGCAGCCGGGGAGGCGGAGGCGGAGGCCCCAGCGGCGGAGGCUACCGAUGCCUCGCCGGACGAUGGAGCGCCGGCGAGGCCCGUUGUUCUGUUGACCUGCGCGGGGGGGAUCCGGUCGGCUGGUCUCGCGGCUCUCGUCGACGCCCUCGUUGCCGGCGGCCGCUGCGACGUCCACGUGUGCGCCCCCGAAUCGGACAAGCCAGCCUGUGGCCACUCAGUUACCAUCCGUGAGACCAUCACUGCAACAUCCGUGGAUUUCACGGGGGCUAAAGCCUUUGAGAUAUCCGGCACACCGGUUGACUGCGUCUCGUUGGCAUUAUCUGGGAGGCUGUUUCCUUGGUCAGCGCCUGCUUUGGUGAUCAGUGGUAUUAACGCGGGACCUAAUUGUGGAUAUGAGAUGUUCCACUCUUCUGCCAUUGCCGCUGCAAGGGAGGCCUUAGUGUAUGGGGUGCCUUCAAUUGUGAUCUCAUUGAAUUGGAAGAAGGAUGAAAGCAAAGACAGUGACUUCAAGGAUGCAGCUCAGGCCUGUUUGCCAUUGAUAAAUGCUGCCUUGGCUGACAUUGAGAAAGGAGCUUUCCUCAAAGGGUGCCUACUGAAUAUCGGGGUUCCAAGCGCACCAUCGGCAAACAAGGGUUUCAAGUUGACCAAACAGAGUGAAUAUAGUCCUGCUCAAAGUUGGCAAGCUGUUUCAACAAGCAGACCUUCAUCUGCUGUUCACUUCAUGGGCAUGCAUCAAAGCCUCGGUAUUCAGCUGGCGCAGCUUGGGAAGGAUGCAUCUGCAGCAGGAGCUGCACGUAGAGUUAGUGCUCAGCGAAAGACAGUCGAAGUUGAGUCUGUUGCAGCUGCUGGUAAACAAGAGGUUCGUGAAGUAGUGAAGAAGUUAUUCCGUGCUGAGUUUGUUGAGAAGCAACAUGAAGAUUUAAAUGAAGAUAUCGAUUUGAGAGCUAUGGAGAAUGGAUUUAUAUCUGUCGCUCCUCUGAAUGUGCAUGGGCAAGUGGAGCCUGAAAUUGGAGCCCCAGCUUCAGAUUGGCUCUCAGCAGUUGUAUCUCUAGACAAAGAAAAGGAAGCUGCUGCAGCUACAGCUGACCAACAAGAUGCAUCAGUUGCAGCUGAGGAAAAAGAAGCUCCUUCAGCAACCUAACAAACACGCAGACAUGUACACACUCCAUAGGUGUCUUAGUUCUUGCAGUGGUGGCGGUCUUCUCUCCUCUCCUUAUUGGGUUUGAUUUGUUUAGUCUUUUUGCACUCGAUAUUUGUUCAGUGCAAUGUCUAUUUUUUUUUUGUUCGUCUUUCUGCCAACUGCCGGCUCCCUUGGCCGUGCAAAAUGUGAUUUGAUGCAGGUGCCUCUACAUUUUGGAUGUAACCAUGUAGGCUACGGCAUCUAACAGAUGAAUACUGCCCAGCCCCCACUAUUUUUUCAGUGUGGUUUGUUCGAAGGUGUUGUAUUCAGCAUGGGAUAUGUGGUUGAUUUUGUCUUGUUUCCGUCUGAACGAUGACCGCCAAAUGUUAAAAUGUAUGUCGACCGCUUGCAACUUGAAAUGCAAUUGCAGUCAUUCAAUGCGGCAAUGUGAUCUUGACUUCUUUC